CCGCCUCGCCCCUUCCUGCCUGGAGGGGGCUUCUCCCCUGGAACUUCGCGGCUUCGGGGGUGGGCUGCGCGCGCGUACCGCGUUGGGUGUGUGUGAUUCCUCGCGCUCGGGAGCAGUCGCUGUGCUGGAGGACCGCGCCGGCGUUUGGACAGGCGGAGGCGACAGGGCUGCUCUAGGUGCUCGUGGGCCUCCGCUUUCCUGAGAGCUGGACCUUCAGGUGCCAAGGACUGAGCUGCAGUGUUGUCUGGAGUUCCCAGGGAUCUCCCAGUAGACGACGGCCACUCUCCUCCCCAUGGACCAGGACGGGCCCGUCUUGGUGGAGCACUCCCUGCACCUGGCAGUGCAGCCUAGCAGAGCCCUGCCUCGGGGCUCCUGGGACUGAGAGGACCACACCUUCGCCACUGAGAACCUUCAUCAGGGCUCUACCCAACCCGCUGUCCACUAGCCCUCCGGUGCCCACCACAGGCGCCUGCCCAGCAGACUGGAGGUGUGGUGUGGUGCUGGGGAUACAUGGCUGAGGCUGGGACAGAAGAGCCAUCCUCUGGCUUGGAGGGCAAGGGAGAGACAGAGUAUGACGCCCUGCUUUCCGACACAGUCUCCCUCAGUGACUCGGACUCGGACCUCAGCCUGCCUGGUGGUGCCGAGGUGGAGGUUCUGUCCCCAGAGGGACUUCCUGGGGAGGCCCAAGAGGACUCAGGCCCUGAUGAGUUGCCCUCACGCCCCACUGGCUUCCACACAGCCACGGCCCAGCCCUUCUACCUGAGAGGCACAAGCUCCACCUUCUCACAGCGCAGCCACGACAUCUUUGACUGCCUAGAGGGGGCAGCCAGGCAGGUGCCACCCUCUGUGGCCCGCACCAGCCUGAGUGAUAGUGGGAGCUUCAGGCAGCCCCUGGCAGCCUCAGGUCAUCCAUCAGUAGGAGACCUGGGUGGGGCCCAUCAGAGUCCUGCUCCCUCAAGAGUGUCCCGUGUCCCCGACUACGUGGCGCACCCUGAGCGCUGGACCAAGUAUAGCCUGGGAGACGUGGCUGAGGCCAGUGAGCAGAGCAAUCAGGCUGCUGCCCUGGCAUUCCUGGGCUCCCGGCACCGGGCUGUCUCCACUCACUAUGAACCCUCCUUCAACCAGGAUCCCUCCAGCUGUGGGGAAGGGAGAGUUGUCUACACCAAACCAGCCCGAGGUGGUGAGGCCAGACCGGAGAGGAAGAGGGUCCUAAGAAAGGGGGCAGAGCCGGGCAGGGGCAUCUCUGGGAACCCUACCCCUGCCAGUGGAGAGGGCCCUGUGGAGCUGGCCCAUUUGGCUGGGCCUGGGAGCCCUGAGGCUGAAGAGUGGAGCACCCUUGGGGGCCUGCAGGAGGUGGUACCACCUGCUGGGGCUGCUGACAGUGGGUCAGCGCCCGCCCUGCCACUGGUAGAGACUGUUGGCUUCCAUGGCAGCAAGAAGCGAAGUAGAGACCACUUCCGGAACAAGGACAGCAGCCCCGAGGGCCCAGGCACUGAGAUCUGAGAGGGGAGACCUGGGCCCUGCUAUGGUCUGCCCUCCCAGCUAAGCUGCCUACAGGGCUGGGAUCAGAGGGACAGCCAGAGCCACUGCCCAGCCAGAGUGGACAGACCCAUCACCUUGGGGAGGAAGCCAGGGGUGGCCUACAGGUGGUGGCAGCAGCCCUGGUUGGCGCUCUGAACACCAUCUUCAGUGGAACAAAGACUUGGCUAAGACUCAGGUGGGGGGACACUGGGGCCCUGUCUCCCUUGGUGUCUGGGCAGGGGGUACAAUAAAGAUUUUAGUGCUUCCUCAA